AUGACCUUUCUUUGUGUGGCCUUCAGGAUAAAGAUUACGUUGGCUUCGCUACAUUGCCUACCCAGGUCCACAGGAAGACCGUGAAGAAGGGCUUUGACUUCACGCUGAUGGUAGCAGGAGAAUCUGGCCUGGGAAAGUCCACUCUCAUCAACAGCCUUUUCUUGACUGAUCUCUAUAAGGACCGAGUGCUUCCAGAUGCACAAGCCAGGAUCUCCCAGACUCUGGAAAUUGUCAAGCAUGCCGUAGAUAUUGAAGAACAAGGAGUGAAAGUCAAGCUGACAGUGAUUGAUACUCCAGGACUUGGCGAUGCAAUAGACAACACGGAGUGCUGGAAACCAAUUGCCAAUUAUAUCGAUGGUCAGUUUGAACAGUAUUUUCGGGAUGAGAGCGGCCUCGACCGCAAGAAUAUUCAGGAUGGCCGUGUUCAUUGCUGCCUCUACGUCCUCUCGCCUUUUGGACACGGGCUCCGCCCCCUGGAUAUAGAAUUCCUCCGAGCCAUCCAUGACAAAGUCAACAUUCUGCCUGUGAUUGGAAAAGCGGAUUGCUUGACGCCGUCAGAGGUGCAGCACAAGAAAGAAAAGAUUCGGCAGGAGUUAGAAGCCAACAGCAUCUGCAUUUACGAAUUUCCUGACUGUGACUCCGAUGAAGACGAUGUGUUCAAAGCUCAGGAUGCUGAGAUGAAGAGAAGCAUCCCUUUUGCUGUCGUUGGAUCUAGCCACGUGGUCAGAGAGCUAAAGGGCAAAGUAUUUCGGGGGAGACAGUAUGCGUGGGGAACCGUGGAAGUGGAGAACACCGCUCACUGCGACUUCCUUAAACUUAGGAACAUGCUGAUUCAAACUCACAUGCAGGACUUGAAGGAUGUGACCCAGGAGGUUCAUUAUGAAAAUUACCGCGCACAGUACAUUCAGAGUCUCACCAGACCCGGGGCUCGGGAUCGCAGUAGCCGCGCGAAACUGUCCCGCCAGAGUGCCACCGACCUGCCUGUCCUGCCGAUGUCCGAGACAGAGAAGUUAAUUCGCGAGAAGGACGAGGAGCUCCGUCGGAUGCAGGAAAUGUUACGGCAAAUGCAGGAGCAGAUGCUACACAGCAAGGGAGAACAAUGCGACAGCUUGUGAAGGAGCCUCUUUUUCCAAGAGUCAAGAGGAAUUCCCGAAGGA